CCUUCUCAUUGUUAUUGUCUUCGUUUCCCUCCGCUCUCCAUCGAUACUCCAUUUGUUUUAGUGGAAGUGUGGAAGAUGGUGCGCGUGUCUCCUGGGAUAUUCGGCACCCAGAGAUCCAUCCGGUUCGACUCCGCAUUGCAGAGUGUAGACGAAGAGCAGGAAGAGGAAGAAGAAGAUGAAGAGGGGGAGGAAGAGUGGAAGUGGAAUAAUACGACGGGGGGAUGGAUCCACGUGGAGAGUUCGCAGGGAACGAGAAGUGCGUUUCGCGUUUCCCUCGAUCUUCCGACCAGUGGAUGCAGCCGCUUCGACGUGGGACCGGCCGUCACAGUUGGGGAUCUCUGCCGCCUUCACGGAUGGCCCUGUCUCUAUCUCAAGGUGAAUGGAGUUCACUGGAGGAAGCUGGAGGAGGAGGAAAGGGCGUUGGAAGUCCAGGCCCGACAUCUAUCCCUUCUCGGUCACACUAACCCGAUGAGGACCAUCUACGAAGGAUUGCGAGAGGAGACGGGACACAUCAUCGCCUUCACCUCCCGUGAUCCAGAAACGGGUUCGAAGGACUUCGUGUGCGGAGUGGUGGGACUCCUCCGAGGCCUGGCCUUCCCCAAGUGGAAACCCCGGUUCUGCCUGGCCUUCCGCAACUUCCUCUCCAUCCACUCAGAGGUGUGGGAUCAGACGCCGGCCGAGGUGGAAGACGUCGUCGAGGUGGCGCCCUUGCGAGGCUGCAAUUUCCCCCUAAAGAUCACCUACGUCCUUCCCUCGAGAUCGAACGCGAGGUCGAAGGUCUUUCUCGGAUUCCAGACGAAAGACGAACGGACCGCUUGGUACAACGCUUUGAACCAGGGCGUUCAGAGAUCCCCAGAAGCCGUGGACCUGAGUGGACAUGGAUUGGAUUGUUUACCUGAAGGACUGUUCCAAUGCCCCAAACUUACGUCCCUUGACCUCUCCAGGAACUGCCUCAAGGAUCCGCCUCGAGGGAGUGGAUUUCCGGGGAGAGCCUUGGGAGACCUGCAGCAGUUGCAACGGCUUCGAACGCUCUCGUUGAGCGGGAAUGCAUUGGAGGGAUUCCCCGAAUCUCUCUCUUCUCUCCAUCGGCUGGCUGCCCUGGACCUCAGCUUCAACCGCAUCAGGUCCCUUCCCGAGGACGUGGGGAAACUCAUCAGCUUGCAGGAGCUGAACUUGCAGAGCAAUCAGUUGGAAACCCUGCCAGCGGGAUUGUCGGCUUUGAGCAACCUCAAGAGGCUUUGCCUCAACUGGAACAGAUUCAAGGAAUUCCCCGACGUUCUUCAGCAUCUCAAAUCCCUGGAAAAACUGGAUCUUGAGGGCAACGAACUCGAGACCAUUUUGGAUUUCCCGAGUCUGGAGAGCCUCAAGUGGUUGAACGCGUCUUUGAACGACCUCAAAGGACAUCUCGUCCUCACUCAGUUUUCGAGCCUGAGUUACUGCGAUGUGAGUCGAAAUAACCUUGAACGAUUGGACCUGAGCCAACUGACUACGUUGAGGACGUUAGUCUGCGACCACAAUGCCCUUCAGGAACUUCUGCUGAAUGGACUCGCCUUGGAGUGCCUCCUCGCCUCUCACAAUGGACUUCGGUGCGUCUCCAUUUUGGGACCCUGCGGAGUGCUGCGGGAACUCGAUUUGUCCCGCGCCGUCUUCAUUCUCCUCGAUUCAUCGCUCACGUUGCAUUACGCGUCUCUCUCACGGAAAAGGAACAGGUUGGGCUCCGUGCCAGCGUGCCUGGGGACGGCAGGGAACCUGGAGGUGCUCGACAUCAGCUGGAACUCCAUCAAAUGGUUGGGAUUGACAGACAAACCGUUCUGGAACGGGAGACAUCUCCGUUCCCUCGCCCUUCAUCACAACGGGCUGGAGGCGCUUCCAGAAUUCCACUCCGAUAGUGGGCUCCGGGAAGUGGACUUCCAUUCCAAUCGUGUUCGCACCAUCCCUCAGUCUCUCUUCAAGUUACCCAACCUUUGGAGGAUAAACGGGAGCAGUAACGGGAUCGUGAACAUCGAAGUGUCUCCAGACCAGGUUCCGUGUCUGAUGGACUUGAGACUGACGGGAAAUGCCCUCAACGGACCUUCCCUCGCCCCCCUCACCCACCUCAUGCACCUGAAAUCCCUUCACAUCGCCUACAACGAAAUCCAACGCAUCCCAGACGAGUCGGUUUCGCAUUCAUCUCUCCUUCUCCUCGACUCUGAUGAGGCUUUUCACGUCUCGCUCGUUUACGGUUGCAGCAUGAUGAAGAGCCUGGUUUGCCUGGAGGAAAUUGUGGGAUCGGGGAACGGCCUGGAUCGUCUUCCAGGGAGUCUUUCCACCCUCCCUUCCCUUCGGGCCGUCGUCGCUCACUCCAAUCGUAUAACGAAUCUUCCCGAUCUCUUGUCUGCCUGCAACAUGGAGGGAUACGCCGAACGAGAUUUGGAUAACGAGGCUUUGAUGCGAUUGCAGGUUUUAGAUGUGUCUUUCAACGCUUUGGCGGACGUGAGGUUCCCAACAUCCGUCUCUUCGUCGAUGAGGAUGCUGGACCUCAGUUGCAACCCUCAGGUUGCCUUCGACACCCGCAGCCUCAAGACUUGCUGCAAAGGGAGAUCGGUGCACCUCGUGGCGACAUCGAAGGGACAUUGCAAGACGGAGAACGUCGGGUCUUGGGCCAUCGGAUUCGCCGAAUACCUCCCCACUUCCAAAAAGGGUAGCAUGUGUCAGAUCCGCGUGGCCGACUUCCGUCCCGAUACCCAAAUGGGAACUGGUUCCAAGUCGGGACCCUCCGGCUUGGAGUCCAUGUUGGGGAUCGUCGAUGGGAGAGGAAAUGCGAAAGUGGCCCAGCAGCUUUCCGCUCUCAUCCCCAAUUAUCUGGCCGAGGAGCGAUUGAAUCCCGACACCCAUAAGGAUUACCUCAAGCACACGUUCCUCUCUGUUCACCGGGAGGUGCAUUCUCUAAACGGUCAGAGCUCAGGGGCCGGGGUCACUCUGUGUCUGGUUCAGAUGACUCCGGCGGGUACGAUCAAAGUUACCACGGGGAACGUGGGGAACUCCAAGGCGGUCGUUGGGACUCCGUCUUCAGCUGGAGACUUCAAGAUUCUCACCAGAGACUUCACCCCGGGUUCGAAUAAGGACGAAAUGAAACGGAUCCAUAAUCUCUUCUCGAAUGGCUCUCUCCAGCCGCUGGGGAAGGUGGAAGAAGCAACGAGGCUAGUAGGGAGCACGCAUGUCGGCAUCAUCCCCGACCCUCACGUCUCCGAGGCGUUGACCCCGGAAGAGGCGAUCCAGAAACUAGACUCAAGGAUGGAGCCGAUGCAAGGGGCGAAAAAAUUACUGGAUUUCGCACGGGGUCACGGAUGCGAAUCCGAACUCUCCAUAUUGGCCGUGAAAAUCAUGUUUCGAGCCCGGAGGGGCAACAACAAAGAAAGUCCGAUCCCAGAGAUCCAGGGCUGUCCCGUCUCCCUCCCUCCUCGUCUCGGAGUGCAAGACUUCGAAAGAGAACAAACACGGAAGUCCAAAAGGGGCUCCGUGCGGUUUCGACGGACUUUCCCCGUUUGGCCCACCCGAUCCAUGGAAGACCUCACGGUGCAACAGCACGAAUACGAAUCCGCCUCGUCGUUGUACGAAGAGGCGACGUGUCGAAGCGGUUGCUGCGACUGCAGCAGUUGUUCUUCGUCGUCCGCGGAACCGACUUUCGACAGUGGCUGCGGCAGCAGCAGUGUCGUCAGUGAGGAACAGUUGAGCACGUGGAAGACCCGAGUUCGACGUCGGGACGCGGGAGAACUCUUCAACGGACAGUUACAAAAUCACCGUCGCAGUCUCGGUCAGGGACACUUCACCUCCGCCAGGCCAGAUAUCAUGUCUCGUCUCCGACAGAGUCUGCCCAAUCUGGCACGAUCACUCUGUCGGGGUGCGGCCAACAAGAACCAGCAGAGCCGCUUAGAUGAAAGACGUACUAAGACACCUCGAGUUCUGAAGAUUAGAGGCCCAAGCGGGCUGCGGACAGGCCCGAUCGGCCCGACGCGACGGCCCCGGGUCGGGUCCGUAGAGCUCGGUCCGGCGAUCGAGUUUCUGGUCGGGUCUGAUCGGGUCGGGGCGAUCGGGUUGGAAGAGGGAAAAACCACCCGCGCAGGCCCCUGGCGGGCAGAACAGACAGACUGA